CUCGUCUGUAGUUACAUGUCCUUUAUUGGAAGAGCUUUCUCUCAGUUCCUCAAUACUUUUGUUACUCAGAAAAUGGCUCAAUCGCAGACAAUGCGCCAAGCUGCUGGAGCCGCCGUUAAGGGCGUGAAAUCGAUAAAGCAGGGCGCGAAGGCUGCAGGAAACAUGGCAGGUAAAAUGGCGCAGGAUGCAAAAGGAUUUUCUAACGAGUUUGUGAACGAACUAUUAAAGCAAGCUGGUUCCAAGCCAAAGUAAUGGCUACGAAUGGUGCUUUCGUUUUCUAGUUUGGUUUA